GCACUCACAAUCAGUAACUUCUGCAGCGCAACGGCUUCUGCAUUAGUUUUUGCAUUUAUACCUCUCUCUCCCUCUCUGCGACGCUUAAUCGGUUUAUUUGUCUGCAAGCGUGUUCUCUCUCGGUAAUGAUUUCAUCUGUUUUCUUGAGUCUCGACCACGGGUCUCGACCGUUGAUUUGCGGCAGUAGUGGCGGCGGCGGCAACACGUCAGACCGGCGAUAAAAAAAAAUCGCCGUCUCCGAUUAUGUGCAGUUCGAGGGCGUAGUCAAUUGUCAUCUUGGACCCCCCCCCCCCCCCCCCCUCUUGAGUACGAAAAUUUCAAAGUUUAAAAUUCAUUCGAACCCAGAGAAAUGUAUAUUUACAGAAAAAUAUAGAAAUUCGACAAACAGUGUGGAUAAAACGGAAAAAUAGUCUUAUGAAGGAAGAGAGAAAAAGAACGACAAAUAUACUCUCGGUAAUCGUGGUCGAUAUUGCGAUUCGGGUUCUCCCGACGUAACCUCCAAAAGUGAGUGAUACGCAGUCGCGUCAAACUUGCUGGGUCCUAUCUCGCAGGUCCUGAUAAACCACGGGAAAUCAAGCGAUAGCUUUGAGGAAAAAUUCAGUAUGGAUUUACACACGUCCCAUUAUCUGGAGGCUAUUCAGGCAAUUUCGGGCUGCACACCGGGUCAAAAGUACACGCAGCUUAAUGCCAUAGCUCAGAAGGCUGUUACCGAAGCAAAAUCUCACGGCGAUGUUGCUACGCCACUGUUUUGUCUCGACGAAGUUCCCAAACCUUUGGAGUCGUUGGUAAGACUAAAAAUUGCCAAAAUAUUACGACAAAAUGAAGUCGUGGCGGAAGCUCUCAGGUCGGAAGACCGUGAACUGGUUGAUUUAGCUUUAAGAACCAAGUGGUUCUUUAGAGGGAAUAACAAAGAAGUUAUUAACGUAGAAUACUUCAAAACAAAUUUGUACCCAUUGAUCACGCUGAAUACAAGAAUGAAAAUAAUAAAAAGAUUGAGCAUGAGACUGAAAACGGACGGGGAGACUACCCUGGCAGAAGAAUUUUAUGAUUUCACUUGCCAGACUUACGGCAAAAGGCAAGCGGAGCCGCUUUUCGUGGCCUGUUCGGAAUCAUUCAUUUGGAAGACCGUGAUAGAACAAAAGAUCAUCCUGUCUCGGCGAAUAGUCAAAACCUUGUUUGACAAAUUUCCAGAACUUGUAAUUCGCUAUUUGAAAUUAUCAAAGCCUGACGAUGAGAGAGCAACAGAGCGGAAUUUGCAUUGCAUCGAUAUCUACAAAUACACAUUUUUUUUGCCACGCUUGAUAAAAAAUCAUCUUAAAUCUUUGAUCGAAUUGAUCGAGAUGCACAAAUCCUGUUUGGGUAUGAAACUGAGCAACAAAGCGACGGAGAGAUUUUUGAAAGGCAACGUCGACGUUGUACUGGACGCACCAAUCCUGUACAAAAGUAUGAUGCCGCUGAAAGUUAUUGCGGCGAAGGUCACAAAGUCUCAGUACGAGAGAAUGUUUGCCAAGAUUUAUCCGCUCAAAAGUAAUGAUUUCCGAUAUUACCAGGUUGAAGAGUAUCUCGUGCAUUAUCCUGAACAGGAGAGAAUACCUUUACUACUUGAGACUUAUAAGCAAGUUUAUAACGCAAGUAUGCUUGAUAAUCAUGAUAUCAUAGGUAAAGAGAUCCUGAAAAUGUUACCAACCGACGAGCGAGUUCGACAAGCCCGCAUAAAGCUCAAAAAAGAACCUGAUUGGCACUCGACUGGCACGGUGGAUAAAAUGUGGCGUUGUUAUUUACCACUCGAAGAAACAAUUACGUCGAUCAAACAGGAAAUAUCGAAGACUUCCUCGGCCGACGAAAGAUCGAAACUUCUUCAGCAGAUGUUUUUUGCUUGUUCGAUUAACGACGACAAAGAAACGCUUCUUGAAAUCUUACGAUAUUUUACUACUCGUCACAAGAACGAACGGACCUGCGUGAUCUUCGAAGUUCUGAAUAGCUUCAUGUAUUAUUCGGUCACGUCGAUGUUUGGUAAAGAUCAUUGGUCAGUACUGUACGAAUUCGUCAAGUUUCUCAACGUUAAACACGAGCUCACAGAGAAUGCGGGGUUAUCCAUCCGAAUCCUCACCGCAUUCAUAUACUUCAAUCUCAGUCACGAUCUUUCGAUCGACGAAAGCAUUGAAAUUUUGAUCGAGUUGAAUAUGAUAGCGUGGAACGCUGAGUGGUGCAUAUUCGAAAAAUAUCCGGAAUACGAUAGACUUUGCUUUGACAAAAUGAUGUCUCUUCUGCCUCGUAAAUAUCUAGAGAAUGACAAAGUAUGGUCGACUCACGGGGUUGACGCAAUGAAAAACAUUGCAAAAUCAAUGGGGAAUUUCAACGAGCGCAAUGCCAACAAAAGCAACAGUACUAAAAUGGAAAAAUUGUCGAUGAAGAAUUACCCGUGGCUACUCGGAGUCGUUGAAAAGUCUCUGAAAACAAUGACCAAGAAGUCCGAAUGGAGAUUCGAUGAGAUAAUCGGAUAUCUCAAAAAGUGGGAAGUAGAUCUGUACGAAAAAUGGAUACCAGCUGAGUUCGACGCCUUGGCCGAUGUUGAAACUGGCCAGGUGCUAAAAAUUCUGAAAGCCGAACCAAGCAAGAUUCUCACUCACUUCGACGAAUAUUGGAAUGCCAUUAUAAAUAUUAUAUGUGGAAAAAGGAUAGCGCGACGUUUCGUGAAAGCUUCCCGAUGGUAUCAAGAUUUGCCGAUGAGAUUCCUCGCUCGAUCCCUCGCAAGUUUGAGUACCAAUGAAACCGAUCAAUCACUAAUAAUUCUUGCCAUCCUCAUGACAGGCUCUGAAUAUGCUAGUGUAAUCGAGCCCUUAAUUCCCAAAGAUGAAAAAACCAUUGAUACUGAUAAAAAGGAUGCCAAAUCGAAUUAUUGGAAAACGCAAGGAAUCCCACGCGCCAUGAACCUCGUGAAUCCUCCAGUCCCGUUGUCUCUCGUGAUGAACUUUUGCGAUGGCGAUUUUUUGACUCUUGGUUUAACAUCAUUGUUCAAUGUAAGUCGACGCACCUCGGUUGACAAAGUUCAAAAAUUCGCUAAACAAUUAACCGAUUGUCGUGUUUCUGUAAAGAAACACGGUAUACGUUUGUUUUGUCUCGUCGCUACGAUCACGGAUUAUCGAGACUUUUUGAUAUCUCUCUGGAAAAUGGAUAAACACCGAUCGAUACGUGUUGUUAUUUUCGAAAAUAUAUUCAACUUCCUUUUCCCGGAUAAUCCCUGUCCGGAAAAUUGGAUCGUGCUGAGAGAUUGCUUGAUCGAUUUAGGGAUCGAGGACGACGAAAUUUUCGAUAUUAUAAAUAAUUUCAAUCUGAUACCAGAUGCCUACUUCGCCGAAUACAUGUCCCAUCUGUUGGCGACCCUUGAGAGACUCGAGGCCUCUAGUUUGAGUGCUGCAAAGAUGGUUCCCCGUAUAAAUAGUUUUCUUCGUGGCAUCACUCCAGCAAUGAGUCUACUAUUGACCGAAGAAUUUUUGGAAAAACUGGUGAAAAAGUACUUUUGCAAUCCCAUGAUUAGCUCGGAUUUGGCUGACGCUGGAAUGACGUAUACCUUGAACGCUUAUCUUCGGGCUGAUCCGAACAAACUCGAUUCGCGUUUGCAAAUAUUCUCCAAUAUUUACACGGAUAUACUGAGGCAACACUGGGAUAAGCCGGACUCGGAGGUACCUCCGCGCUUCCCGAUCAAUUGUAUGACCCACAGAUUCGUUCACAAUCAUGUUUGUUGCGCGGGUGUCGAUUUGGUCAACGUCAAAAUAAUGAAAACUAUACUCGAGAGUUUUCUGCGCGUUCUCAAGCCUCAACAGGACUGGACCACUUACGCUCUUUUGGCGUUUGGAGUAGGCCUACAAGGUGUCAAAGACUCAACAUCAGUGGCUCAAAGUAUUGUCAACACUCUGCCGCAUUUUGUCGAAAUUUUUUCAUCCGUUCUCGUCAUUGAACUCGCUGAAAUUGUCAAAAAAUGGAUUCUCAUUGUCUCCGAUACGAAUUUUUAUGACGAUGUGCUGCACCAAGUGAUCGACACACUUUGCCGGGUUUCUACCUCGGACUCGUGCACAUUGGCGGCUAAACUUUUGUUUCUCAGCAGCGUUUCACAGAAUAACGAGUGGCGCAAUAGCUUGCUCGAAUUUUUGCUUAGGUGUCCAUACCCUGUCGCCACUAGUCUCGCUUAUCAACACGCCAAUACCUCCUGGUUAAACGAGGAUUGAUUACCCUUCGUCCUAUUGAGAAAACAAAUCGAAAAAUUCUAAUCAUCGAUAAUGGAGCUGUCAAACGUAUGCACCACAUUGCCUUCAAAAAUUCAAGAAAAAACCGCUUCAAUCCUGUUUUUUUUAUCGUUAUUGACGAAAUCACAUUUUAAACUACGCGCUUAUCAUUUUUACGUAUUAAGAUAUGAUUGGCUUACGGUAAUAAUUAACAAAUCUUACUUAACAAAAGAAACCGUUGAAUCAAAAUUUUUUCCAAUGUACUACUUCGGCACAGUCGCUUUGGCACGUCAUGUAACCCAACUUCUAUAUCCAUCGUUACCCCAUUGAAUGGACACCAAAUAUGCAUUGCUGUGCAAUAUGAAUUUAUCUAUAUAUGUGUAUCCGCAUGUUGACUUCCUCUGUCCGAAAGGUUGAUAUUUUUUUUUUGUAAUUGAUGACAAAAUAAUUUUCGUUCAACGGUUAACCACCUUGAAAACUGCGCACAAACUUUUUUCUUCUUUACUAUUUUUCGAAUUUUUCCUCCCCCAACGCAGUGUGAUAUCGAAUGAGCUGUGCUAGACUUCGUAACCAAUGUUGCAAAAUUCAUAAUCUUCGAAACAUCCUAUUGUAUUUUUUUUACAGAGAUUUAUUAUAAAUUUAUAUACUAAAUGUAAAUCUUAUCGAAUAAAGGGAUGUUACCGUAAGGUCAUAGUGAUGCUUAAAAAAAUUUUGUAAUUUACAUACAACCUUCAGAAAUUGUGUGCACCAAGUGUGCAGAAAUAAACUGAAAUUUUGAAUAAAA